UAUCUUUGCUAUUCUUGACCCUAUUGUCCGAUAUUGUGCUCUUUCUUUAAUCCUCGAGCCGGCCUCGUGUGCUCUUUCUGUCUUCAUCUUUCUUUCAUCCUUCCUACCGAAUCACAGUCCUUCUGCUGGCCAGUCUUUGGGCUUCACUCCUUUUUAUUUCAUUCUGCCCUUUCUACUAAUAAGACUCUUCGAGCUGGCAUCUUAACAACAUAAUAUCUCGAGGCAUUCAAUAAAAAGUUGCAUGGUACUUGAAAAUACAACAUCACUUUUCCCCCGGUUCAUUCUCUCAGCUUGAGCAUUAAACAACGAUCAUGAUGGCUUCUUUGAAGGAGUCCCUGGCUGGACCAGGAUUUGUGAUCCUCAAUGCCAUCCGGGUGUUGAAUAUCAUUGUCUUUCUUGACAUUAUUGCAGCCAACGCCGUCAUGUUGGUGAAGAUCUCUCUUUUGAGCAGCUUUUUCUUUUUCGAGGCUGUCACUCAUGUUGUGACUGCUGGUGUCAGUAUAUUUCUCAUUGUUUCGGAACUUCCUUUCUUUCGGGGCUACUUCGAUCGCAACUGGCCACUGCUUGGCCAAGACUCCGGUUUCAUCACUUUGGCCAUGGCGAUGAUGAUACUUGGAAUUGGAGUAUUGAGUAACUUGAAUACAUCAGCCACCAGUCAAGAAUCUCUGGGGCUUGCAUUCUGGAGGAUCAUCAUCUCUGCGGGGAUUCUGGCGAUGGUAAUGAGUGUAGUCAACCUUGUCGCGACCUUCGUUUUCGCAGACCGAGAAGCUGGUGUUAGCGCACGCCAUGUUCGAGUGUAUGGAGCAGUUGCACCUCACAAAGUAGUCAGUCGAACCAACAGCCAGCGAUCGUUCCAACUCGGUCUGAAACGGGAGGAUUCGCUGCCGAUGUAUACUGCUCCAUCUCCAGUCCGGAGGGUACCCUCCACACGAGCCGAGUCUCGGUUUCCUUUGAAGAUCUCAAGACCCCUCAACCCUAAUCCUAUCAAUGACGCGGCUUCGUCCAAGUACUCCAGGGAUUCGAGCGGAGUAUCUAUUCCCAAUCUGGCACAUCACCCAGCAAUGUAUUCGGGGCAUAUUUGAAUACAAAGAGUCAGAACAUUUGUGAUACCUUUGGAAUAGGAAACUAGAUUCGUGCUGUGGAUACUCUUAUGGACAUCGUAUCAUCCAUAUGGCGUAAAGUUGAUGGCAAAAUAGCGUUUUAUAAGAAUUUCGGGUUUAUGAUAUGUUUUUAUUCUGUUUAUUCAUUGGUUGUCUUUAAUCUCUUCUGUAGCAAUACAACGUUUAAUAAUUUAUGCGAGGCUGAGCAUUCAGCGUACUUUGUAGCCUCAGGUGA